AGAAGUUCAACCCCAAGCUCGCAACAAAACCGUCGACACUCGCUCCGAGGAAAACGAGACGAAACCCGACUUGACGAAAGAGGAAGAAGUCGCAAACGUGGACGAAUUCUUCGAAUCCGGAUUCUUUGAAGAAUACAACCAACUCCGCAACGAAGAGGCUGAAGAAGACGAGUUGUUGGAGUACGAACCAAGCGAAGAUGACGAAGCAGAAGAGCAAUAUAAGAGAGAUUUUGAGAGCGUGAAGACAGACCCGAAACAAGCAGGCUUCCUGGACUACCUCAAAUCAGAGGAACCAGAACUGUUAGAAUAUGAUGAAGAAGAUCACAAAAAGGAAAAUUCGACGAAGAAACUUACGAUAGCGGUCAUAGACACUUGGAAGGACAAAAUAUUGAAUGAUCGCUCUGUUAAAAACUUCCGACGUCUAAUAUAUAAUUUCAAAAUAGCGUGUCAUUUGAAUGACACGUUAGAAGAGCAAAACCUGACGAAGGCGUAUUCCAUGGACGAUCCAUCGGCACUGAAUCACUUGGUUGUUACUCUACUCACAAAUGUAGAUUUAAUGAUCAAUUCAUUGGUUGACAGCAAGAAGAAGGAAUUCAACCUAGACCAUAAUAAUAAGCACUGGAUUGCUAUCAAGCCACCUGUUUAUGCCUUCUUUUUCCAUUUGCUGCAUUUUUUCAAACAGAUUUUGGAGCCAGAAAUGAAAACCUUCAUCCUCAAAUCACUCGAAAAAAUUCUUAAAUAUAUGUUGCCCUUCAAAAAAUUGCAAAAACUCUAUUUGAAAAGGAUGUUGCAAAUAUGGAGCGACCCCACCACACCUGACAAACCGAGAAUCCUCGCAUUUUUGAUACUAUGCCGCAUGCUCGUCCAAUUCCCAUAUCCCUUUAUCAACAAAUGCCUAAAGGGCAUCUAUAUCUAUUAUAUCAAUACAGCCAAAUUCGUCAGCGAAAAAACGCUCGCUGUCGACGCGUUUAUGCGCAAUUGCAUCGUUGAAGUCUAUUCUGUCGAUUUCGUCUCCAGCUACCAACACGCCUUCGUAUACAUCCGAGAGCUCGCCCAACAACUUAGAAAAGCCUAUCAGACACACACGCGAGACAGAUACAAAGCUAUUUAUUCCUUCCAGUACCUCCACUCAAUCAAAGUAUGGGUCCAACUCGUCACCAAAUUUCCUACUCAAAAGGAACUCGGCCUCUUAUGCUACCCACUUAUCCAACUCCUUCACGGCAUGAUAUGUCUAAAUACCAUUCCUGCCUAUUUCCCUAUGCGGCUUCACUGUGUUGAACUUCUGAACCAUCUCGCUAACGCCUCCAAGGUGUUCACAAACGGAUCCUUCUACCUCCUAGAAAUCCUGUCCUCCAAGGAAUUACUCGACAAGCCAAAACCAUCUAUGGCCAAACAGUUUUCUCUAAAAUACCACAUCAAGGUCCCACCUAACAUAUUUGCUACUCGCAUCUACCAAAACACCAUCUUCGAACAAACCAUCUUCUUACUCACCGAAUACCUCGCCAUCUUUUCCAGCUCCAUUGCUUUUCCGGAACUGUGUGUUUUCGUGCUCAGCUCGCUGAGAAAGUUCCGAAAAAAAUGCUCUAACCCAAUUUUCUGCAAACAAGUAAAGCUCCUUCUCACCAAAAUCGAACUCACCGUCAAACUCAUCCAAGCCAAAAGAGCUCAACUCGAAUUCAGUCCGGACCAGCUUGCGUCUAUCCCUAAAUACCUAUGUGACAAUAAUACACCUCUGUAUUUGUACUACCAAGACUUGGCUCGGUCCAGGUCAAAAGAACAAGACCUGCUCUCUAACCGCAGCUCCAAUGUCGCCGAAACCCCUUCAAUCACAGACACCGCCAAAUCACACCCCUCUCGCAGCCGUCUUGGCAAAGAUUCUAACGUCACCGGAAAUCCUUCAACCGUUGACACCGUCAAACCGCGCCCCUCUCUCAACCGUGCUAGAAAAAAAACUCUUAGCAUGCGCCUAGUCUCGCGUGUCCGCAAACACAACAAUUCAAACGAAGACAUCGUUCAGGAUACCAAUGACACCUUGCUUGACACUAAACAAUAAAAAAAAUUGCGAUCAUGUGUUUGAAAUUUUUUCACCUGUCAAGUUUUUGACUGUUUUUGCUGUUACUACAGACUAAAGCAGCCAUAUGACUUCAUGGUAGUCUCAUGGAAAAGCGACGAAAUCGAUUAAUGA